ACAAUAGGCAUAUAGCAUUAAAGCAAGUCUACGGCAUCACUAUAGGAUGAAAAAAGAAUGUCCAUCUCCGAGUUCUCAGACACUGAAGCACUGCUUGUAGCAGCCACUGUAGAUGGCUGCGUUGACUUCAAAGGUCGCCCAGUUUACAGGGCCAGCUCUGGUGGGUGGAGAUCGGCGUACUUCAUUAUUGGUGUCGAAAUGGCUGAGAGGUUCGCUUACUAUGGAAUUGAGUCCAACCUUAUUACGUACCUAACUGGACCUCUAGGUCAGUCUACGGCAACUGCGGCGGAGAACGUGAACCUUUGGUUAGGUAUGGCCAUGCUGCUGCCUCUUUUAGGAGCGUUCGUUGCUGAUUCUUUCCUUGGACGUUACCGGACUAUUGUUAUCGCUUCUGUUUUAUACUGCUUGGGGCUAGGAUUAUUGACUUUAUCAGCUAUGUUACCUUCGGUCAGCACUGCUUAUUGUGAAAACACAAACGAAAUGACUUUAUGUAAUUCUUUACAUCAGUUCAAAUUAAUUUUAUUCUUUUUCUCUCUAUAUCUGGUAGCAAUUGGGCAAGGUGGGCACAAGCCUUGCGUUCAGGCUUUUGGUGCGGAUCAGUUUGAUGGGAAAGACCCUGUUGAAAGCAAAUUCAAAAGUUCAUUCUUCAAUUGGUGGUAUUUUGGGUUAUGUGCAGCCGCCUUAGUUUCAAUUUUGAUUUUAUCCUACAUCCAAGAUAACCUUAAUUGGGGUCUUGGGUUUGGAAUGCCAUGUAUUUCGAUGGCAUUUGCAUUGAUUGUUUUUUUGAUUGGAAGUAAGACUUAUCGCUAUAGCAUCAAAAAGAAUGAGAAAAGUCCGUUUCUGAGAAUUGGGCAAGUAUUUGUUGUUGCAGUCAGAAACUGGAGGCGACCUACGCCUUCUACUUCAGUAUUUGAAGCCCAAGCAGAGGAAGGUCAUGAAAAUUAUGAGCAAUUCAAGUUCCUGAAUAGAGCCUUACUUGCACCAGAAAAUUCAAGAAAAUAUGGGGUGGCGUGUAGUAUUAGUGAAGUUGAGGAAGCAAAGGCAUUUCUCAGGCUUGUUCCAAUAUGGAUUACAAACUUGGUUUACGGCAUAGUAUAUGCGCAAUUUUCAACUUUCUUCACUAAGCAAGGAGCCACAAUGGACAGAUGGGUUGGAUCUGCUUUCGAAAUACCGGCUGCUUCACUUCAAUCCUUCAUCAGCCUAUCCAUUAUCCUCUCCAUUCCAGUUUAUGAUUGUGUUUUUGUUCCUAUUGCAAGAGCUUUUACGGGGAAACCCUCUGGCAUUACAAUGCUUCAGAGAAUUGGAAUUGGGAUGUUUUUAUCUGUUUUGUUGAUGAUGAUUGCUGCUUUAGUUGAGAUGAAGAGGCUCAAAACUGCUGAACAGUAUGGACUUAUUGAUGAGCCGGAUGUGACAAUUCCAAUGAGUGUGGGCUGGUUGAUUCCUCAAUAUGUUGUAGCUGGUGUUUCUGAGACUUUUAUAAUGGUUGGUCUUCAAGAAUUUUUCUAUGACCAAGUCCCAACUGAAUUACGGAGCGUAGGACUCUCUUUAUACCUGGGUAUCUUUGGCGUGGGAAGCUUUUUGAGCAGCUUUCUUAUAUCUGUGAUUGAGAAAGCAACAAGUGGAAAGGGGCAUACAAGCUGGUUUGCAAAUAAUCUCAACAAGGCACAUCUUGAUUACUUUUACUUGCUUCUUACUGGACUCGGUACUGCUGCACUAGUUGCCUUCUUGUAUUUUGCAAAAUCGUACAUUUAUAAUAACAGGGCAGGUUAGUUUUCGAAUAAGAAAUCUAUGUAAAGCAAGACUCGUAAAAAAAAGUUGUUCCUAAGUAUGGAUAAAUUUUCAAAUGUAUGUGUUCAUGCGAUUUUCUCUCCA